AUGAGAGCAUUGCAAGUGCAGGGUCAAGACUUUGUCGCAGAAAUCCAAGAGCUCGUGAGCAUUGACGACAUCAGCACCAAGAAUCUUCUGCGGGUUCAAGCUUCCCAUGACAGCUUCGACAGCUGGCAGAAGUACGCGGAAGACGAAUGCAACGUCGGUUUUGACCGAUACACGCAGCUUCCGUUCUUUUUGACUGUGUGGGUCGAUGAGGAGGCACAGCACGCUCGCUUGAUGCUCUUUUCGGAUCACUUCAUGUCGGACGGGUAUUCGGAAUUGCCACUGCGUCCUUCCUUUUACGACCUGUGGCUGUCAAGCAAACCACUGUCGAAAGCUUUUAUGAAGGGCGUCAUCUCGUUUUUUGGGAAAGCAAUCUUCCACAGCGAGUUGACUCGAUUUCUCCCCGUUCUGCUAGCUCGAGAAGACCAACACGACUUUGUGGUGCCCCCUCUCUUAAAUCCAACCACAGCCUCCUUCGCUGAGGGCGAUCCGACGUCCAUGAAGAAGACUCUCUCCAAGUGCAAAGAAGAAAAUGUCACUUUUGGCGGUGCCGUCGUGUGCGCUACCCUCCUCGCAUUCUAUCGCGCAGCUGAAAGCCUCCCAGAUUUCGACUCAGCGCAGCCUUUCAAGCUCAUACUCGACUUGGAUUAUAACAUGCGACGGCGUGUUCUCCAUCCAGUAGAGGAAAAUAUCGUCGGCACUUACGUCACCUUUGCUCAUCUGGGCCGGCUGGGUCGCAAAGGUGUCAACUUGACCACUACCAAAUUCUGGGACCUAGCGCGCCAAGCGAAGCGUGAUAUCGACUCAAAAGUCAACCAAACGAUGCCCCUCACUGCUGUGCCCAUUAUCUUUGACCAGCAGAUCAACGCCAAGAUACAGCCAUGUCAAUCUCUCCAACGUGGGGCACUAUCCGUUUGCCAAAAAGUACCGUCUGGAGACACUGACAGCAAGCAGAAUCUGCUUGAAGUCGAGACUCUGCACGUUUACAAUUCGAUGCCACACCUCGGCCCCUCAGCGGUUCUUUGGGUAUCGUCGGUAUCCUCGUUUUGUUAUUCCAUGGGACACAAGUGCGAGGACGACUCAGCUAAGACUCUCUUCACUGCGUUUGUAGCUGUCUGCGAGAAUAUUGGCAGUAUUAGAGCUGAGGCCUCCAUGGCAGACGUACUGGAACAGCUAGAACUUUAG